GAGAGUCUGCGCCUGUGCAAUGCGCCCGGCGCGCUCCCGCCCGCGCGCGCUCCCCCGGGGAGAGCGGGGGCGGCGUGGGAGGCUUGCUGAGAGCGUGAACCGAGGAGGAAAAGCGCGGCCGGCGCGCAGGCCCAGAACCGCCCAAGCCGUGACUGCCGGAGACGCCCCAGAGCGGAAGAGGGAAGUGAAUAGGGCUUCGGGCUGUGGGCUCCUGUUGGGCUGGCCUUGCUGAAGUAGAGGCAGCACCGAGACAGGCCUUUGCCAGUGGUCCGGAUCGGGAUGUCGAAGAACACGGUGUCAUCGGCCAGGUUCCGGAAGGUGGACGUGGAUGAGUACGACGAGAACAAGUUCGUGGACGAGGAAGACGGGGGCGACGGCCAGGCCGGGCCCGACGAAGGCGAGGUGGACUCCUGCCUGCGGCAAGGAAAUAUGACAGCUGCCCUCCAAGCAGCUCUGAAAAACCCCCCUAUCAACACCAAGAGUCAGGCUGUAAAGGAUCGGGCAGGCAGCAUUGUCUUAAAGGUGCUCAUCUCAUUUAAAGCUAAUGAUAUUGAAAAGGCAGUUCAAUCUCUGGACAAGAAUGGUGUGGAUCUCCUAAUGAAGUAUAUUUAUAAAGGCUUUGAGAGCCCUUCUGACAAUAGCAGUGCUAUGUUACUCCAGUGGCAUGAAAAGGCACUUGCUGCUGGAGGAGUAGGGUCCAUUGUUCGUGUCCUGACUGCAAGGAAAACAGUGUAGUCCAGCAGGAGCUGGGUCUGUCGGGGGAGUAGGAGUUGCUGGUACAAAGACCAAAACAACCAAAUGCCACUGCUGCCCUGUGGGUAGCAUCUGUUUCUCUCAGCUUUGCCUUCUUGCUUCCUUUUUCAUAUCUGUAAAGAAGAAUAUUACAUAUCAGUUUUCCUUUAGUGAAAAUUGGAAUAACAAAGACGAAAUCAUGUUUCAGCAGGAGUUUCAUCCUCUCAAAUUCUUUCAAUGAUGUGUAUACCAGUCUGUAUAUAGCAUAAUUUACAUUCAGUUUAAUUGUGCAAUUUUUAACCCCUAGUGGCUGGUUUCUGUUUUGUUUUGUAUUAUUUUUAACUAAUACUGAGAGAUUUGAUUAGAAUUUGAAGCCAGUUUCCUAUCUCAUUGCUAGUCGGGAAGUAAUCUGUAUUAAAAACAUGAGAGACUAGCAGCUAUUAAUAUUGCAAAACUGGACCAUACCUCCCUUAUGUAAGCAAAAUGUAUUUCCAAAAUCAGUAGUGGGUGAACACCACUACCAAGUUCCAGCUUUGUUUCUGCUUGCCCCCAGAUUGUGUGUGCUGUGAGUUUGAGUAUGCUACUUCCUCUCAGCAUCCAGUAAUCAUGGCCUCUCAUUUUCUUUGUGGUCACCCAGGGUUCAGAGCAGGAAGUCUUGCUCUAUACAAAUGUAUCUAUAAAAUAUCUGCUCUUUGACAUGAACAUCAAAGUUGUGUUCCAAUGAUAUGGUUCCGUUUGGGGAAACUACCCCAAGUCUCAGAAAAGAUGUGGAAACUAUGAUGUAAUUCAAACUCGGGGCAGCCUCUGAAUGAAAUGCUAUUUUCUUUAGAAAUACAGUAGCUGCCUUAGACAUUAUGAGGUAUAUACAACUAGUAUUUAAUAUGCCCCAUAAAUGUCUUCAGUGUUCUUCAGGGUAAUGUGGAUCUCAAAAGAUUUGGUUCAGAUCCAAACAAAUACACAUUCUGUGUUUUAGCUCAGUGUUUUUUAAAAAAAGAAAAUGCCACACAGCAAAACAUGUUUACUUUGUAGCACAAACCAAAUCGGUUCUCAAGUAAUGACCGGUGCUUACAAAAUGUUGUUAUUACAUAGUAGCUCUAAAACAAACCACCUGACCAAGAGGGAAAUCCGCCUGUGUUUAGUAUUUACAUCGGAUACCAGUUUCAUAAUCACUGACUUACGUGAAAACUGGUGCAGAAAUUCUAUAAACUCUUUGCUGUUUUUGAUACCUGCUUUUUGUUCUGUUUUGUUUUGUAAAAAUGAUGAACUUCAGAAAAUAAAAUGUCAGUGUUGAAUAA